AUGGCGACCAAGCAUCUCUUCGACAGCUCCCAGGGCCUCGUCGACCGCAACCUGCGCGGCACCGUGGCGCAGAACCCCGCUCUGCGAUACUAUGCGCAACACAAGGUCGUCUUUGAUCCCUCGCACGACAACAAGAAGGUAGCCGUCAUUUCGGGAGGCGGUGCCGGCCACGAGCCCGCUCAAGCCGGCUUCGUCGGAAAGGGAAUGCUCGCUGCUUGCAUCUCUGGUGACAUCUUCGCCUCGCCUUCGGCUGCCCAGAUUUGCUCAGGUAUCGACCUGAUCAACCAUGAUGCCGGUGUGGUCAUGGUCGUGAACAACUAUACAGGCGACUGCCUCCACUUUGGUCUCGCUGCUGAAAAGGCUCGUGCCGCCAUGGCUUACUCUGGCAAGCAGGGCGGUGGCGUCGAGGCUGUCAUUGUUGCCGACGAUGUCGCCGUUGGCCGAAAGCGUGGCGGUCUCGUCGGCCGACGAGGUCUCGCUGGCAACAUCUUCACCUGCAAGAUCCUUGGUGCUGCUUCCGACAAGGGCAUGGACGUCAAGCGUAUCGGCGAGCUCGGCCGCAACUUGAUGGACAACAUGGUCUCGAUCGGCACCUCGCUUGAUCACUGCCACGUCCCCGGUCGUCCCAAGGGAGACGAGGAGCGCGGUGCUCUCGCCGAAGAGGCUUGCGAGCUCGGAAUGGGCAUCCACAACGAGCCCGGUUUCAAGCAUAUGGACAAGAAGCCUGAGCCCGAGGCGCUCCUUGGCGAGAUGCUCGACCUUCUGCUCGACCCCAACGACGCGGACCGUGCCUACACUCCUUUCGACAAGGACGACGCACCCGUUCUGUUCGUCAACAACCUCGGUGGUAUGAGCCAGCUCGAGAUGAACGCCAUUGUCGACCUCACCAUCGAACUGCUUGAGAGCAAGUGGAACCUGCACCCUUGCCGUGUUCUCUGCGGUCCUUACAUGACCUCGCUCAACGCUCCCGGCUUUGGUGUCUCGCUGAUCAACCAGAAGCGAUUCCAAAAGAACACCGGUCAGGACUUGCUCGAGCUGCUGGAUUACCCUACCACUGCCUACUCGUGGCUCGGUGUCCAGAGCGGCUGGGGUGCCACCAGCGGCCACCCACGCGAUCGCAAGGCCGAGGAGAAGGAGGCUUCCGAUCAUCUUCAGUCUGUCCGCAAAGCUGGUGGGUCUGUCAGUGGUCUUGCCGACCCUGGUGCUUCGUCCAACGGCCCUGUCAACCCUAACCCCGAGCUUGUCAAGAAGGCCAUCAUCGCUGCAUGCGAUGCCACCGUCGAGAUUGAGCCGACGCUGACCCGCUACGACACCAUCGUCGGUGACGGUGACUGCGGUGAGACCCUCGCUCAGGCUGGUGGCGAGGUCAAGAAGGCCCUUGAGAAGGGCGAAAUCCCCGUCGACAACGCCGCCGGCACGCUCAUCGCCAUCGGUGAGGUUCUCGAGUACGCCAUGGGUGGUACCUCGGGCGCCAUCUACGCACUCUUCUUCGCUGGUCUCGUCCAGUCGUUGCUCUCUCAACCCAAGGGUGCUCAGGCCGACUCCAAGGCAUGGGGUAAGGCCGCGGUCGACGCUCUCGAGAACCUGGGCCGAUACACUCCCGCUCGUCCUGGUGACCGAACGCUCGUGGACGCUCUCGACCCCUUCUGCCGCGCUCUGGGUGCAGGCAAGUCGCUCGCCGAGGCCGUGGACGCAUGCAAGGAUGGCGCCGAAAAGACUCAGGCCUUGACGCCUCGUCUGGGACGUGCCACGUACGUUGGCAGCAAGGACGAUGGCGAGAUGCCCCCCGAUCCCGGUGCGUGGGGUGUCUGGGCGCUCACUGACGGUCUGCGCAAGGGCCUCGGUCAGUAA